CCCAAGCUGCGCAUAUACGAUUUGGCUUUGUAGCUGCAAUGCAGCAUGGCAAGCGAAGUUUCGGUGCCAAAUUGCGGCGCUGUUUUGUGGUCCUAGCGAGUCUCUUCGUUGCGACUUGUGCAGGUUGCGUCGUGGCCCCACAUUUUACUGCGAGCCCCACUGGGCCUUUGUGCCGAGAUGUGGCUCAGCAGGCCAGUGGCGUCAAAAGAGUGCGGAAGGUGGUGAAACCAAAGGCAAAAGUUAAGAAGUUGGGAAAAUCGAGACAAGGAUCCUCAGAGGAUAGCGUCUGGGAUUACAUCCGAGAGAAGGACAAAGCUGCUUUGGAGGAAGGGGCUUUCAUGGAGACUUUCGCGGGCAAGGCUGUCGAAACCACGGUGUAUGUCCUUUGCUUCUUGAUCAUUCUGUGGGAGAUUUACUUGAAUACGAUAUAUCCACGUGCAGCUCCAACAUACAAUCCUAUGGACAAUGUUGCCGUGAUGGAGGGAAACGAGGUUGCUUACUGAUGGGCAGGUGAUCACGUGCUGCAGCUGUAAUUCUGAUAGAUCAGCCAAAGUGGGCUGCCGGUUCUCGGAACUGUCACAAACUGCUUCGCAUUUUCUGGCACAGAGGUGCCACUUUGCCAGCGCGGCAGAAAA